AUGACCAUUUCUGUUAAUUAUAUGAUUGAAAUACUUUAUUUUAUUAAUUAUGAACCUGAAGUGAUUGAGAAUCCUAAUGAACAUAUUCUUCCUAUUGAUUCAGCUAAUAUGAAUGAUGAAAAUUGUACAAUGUUAAUUGAUACACAUAUUAUACAUCCGAUUGAUUUAGUUAUGAAUUUUUAUCAAAAUUCUCAUUUUGAUUAG